ACAUGCACCAAGAUAUAAUAUCAUACGAGUAAGAUAUGUACGAGAGGAAAUCAUAAUAUAAAGCCAACUGGUCAAAUCUCUUCAGUUCAGUAUAUGUUUGUUGAAUAAUGGCCGUACGUUUAUUAUUUCAAUAUGCAGUUUUGUUUGUAGGACUUGCCAAUGUACGAGCAAACUGCCCGAUGUGCACACACUUUGCCUUCGGGGUAGCGCACGCUCCGAAGGGAUAUGUGGAGUUUAUACGACCAAGUCUAGAUAAUGUUUUAAAGAAUCUGAACACAUGCAACGGGGUCGAUGCCAAAGUUUGUUCACACCGAACCAUAUGUACCACUUACUACGCUCUGAUGCACGGCAAGGGGCAGAAGAACGUGGAUCCCGAUAUCGAAAUUUCGGUAGAAUUGAUUAUACGUGGAUGUCAAGAGAGGUCAAGUUCUGACGUCGAUAGAUGUAUUCCUGUUGGGGAUACCAUUAGCCCCGCCAACCCGAUGGUCAACGGCAUCUUCGCAGUGUACGACCACUUCAGCAUGAACGCACGGUCGUGCAUCAGCGAGCAACCGAUGCAGUUCAAACUGGCAAUCCCAGAGAGCUACGUCACUACCGGCUCUGCACCCAACGGCGCGCCUUAUGUGUCAGCAUUUGUUCAGAACACAUUCCUGUUUGGAAUAUUCCUGACACUGUCUCUGAACUGAACUCUGCGACGCGUUUCGUUGUUUAACCAUUAUUAAUGAAUCAUGACAAUGAUAUUUAAAAUUUCAAGCACAUUUACAUAACAAUUACACACAAAUAUUGUCGAGUAAUCGUUCAAUAAAACAUGUUCAAUAUUAAUAUUAAAGAGCAUAUAAACAAUGUGGAAUAAUUGUCACGAAAAUUAUUAAACUGAAAUCUAACAAAUUUA